CACAGAAGGAAAAAAUUCAGAAAAGCAAAACAAAAGUGACGAGAAGGCACUGAAAACAGAGCAAAUCCACUCUCGUUCAGAGGGUACGUCUUCAGUCGCUUAGCAAAGAUAGAAGAAUCGAUCUGGGAAUGAAUUAUUGUGACAUGCGCAAAGGACGUCUUGCCGCGGGCAAGUUUUCAGCGGAAUUACAAGGAAGAUUAGUGUUUUCCACUUUAAAUAGAAACUUGUUUCAAAUUCGAAGAAGAUCAAUACAAACUCAUCAUUUCCCAAUCAAUUUUUCUCCCCUCCAUAAAAUAUUAACAGAGAUGACUAUCGAUAAUUUUUUUGAAAAAUAUUUUUUACAGAGUUAUUUUCGCAAAAAGUGCUUUCAAGCUGCCGUUCGCACAGCAACCGAUAUGGCCGCGUUUUGGGAAUCAAAUAUAAAUGAUUGACAAUUGAGAGGGCAUGUGCAACUAGCAUGUGUUGCAACACGUACGUUUUGAGACAGAGAGACCCAAGCAGGCUGAGUGAAAUUGGAUUAAGAGUUGUCAUCUUAAGCGAGGUAUUGCACGACAAUCACGUUAAUGAAUCAAAGGCGAUUUUUUCUGGUUUAUCAGAUAAACAUUUUGCGCACAUCUAAAACGACACACGUGCAUUGGUUUGUGGCUAUCAGGGUAAUUAGGUCGAGUAUUAAAACAUUAAUUGCCUUGACGCGGCGUUGUAAAGUCGCCUUCCUAUCAAACUAAUGUCAAUUAUACCCGGUAAUGUAGUGAUCUCUUAAACAGAAUUUGCGACACAUCUCUAACCAUGGUUGCGGUCAUUUACUGAUAUUGACAAUGUAAUAUAAGUCAUAUUGCUCGCGCUCCCAGUUGUCGCUCUUGAGCAAAAAUGCGGUCUAAAAAGUUGUUCUCUCCUGCAAAGCGCUUCCAGACUGAAAUACUAGGCUCAAAGACAUCAAAAAGAACCAAAGCUGUCGUCAGGGGAGUCGUGUGAUCCCUAGACGAAUCCGCGAUAGCAAAGUUAUUAAAGAAGGUGGAGACUCAUGUAUUUUUUUCAUUCCCUUCAGCUGGCGAGAGUAAUGAUUUUAUAUCGUGCGCUUUGUGUCGAAUUGCGGUGGAUUAUUUACAUGGAAAUAAUAUCCCUUAGAGCUUCUUAGAACAAGAAUUCUAAGCCAAAAACUGCGAUCUUCAGGUUUAGUUAGUGGCUUCUUCAUGCAGUAAAGGACGCGACAGUCUCUAGCGUAGAAAAUAUCGUCUCCUUUUUGAAAAGAGAUUAAAAAAAGACCAUUUUCGUUUUCUUUAGAGCUUAUUUUUUGCUCACAAAAGCAAUAGCCACCUUAAAGCCAAGCUAAAAUUUGUUUAUAAAUUGAAAUAUCUGGUAGAUAUCAAAUGAUUUUUAUCUAUCGGCUGAUUUUCAACGACUUGUUAGCCACUGGAAAAAUACGAGAAAUGCGGGUGAAAUAUAUCAAGUUACGAACAGGCUUAGAUAAUCACCUGGCAAGGCGAUUUUUUUUGUAGGAGUUUUGAGGGUUGCUCCUUUGUACGCAAAUCUUUAACCUUGGUCAUAAAAUACUUCUGUCUCUCUAAGGCAAUUCAGAUAACCCCAGCAUAUUUAUGCGACAGGCGUGUUACAAUGUUGAACCGGUAUCAUCGUUUUCUUUUACUUAUUUGAAGUCAGCUUUUACCAUUAUCAUUUCAAUGGUCGCUCACUGAUAUUUCACUGUCUCUGAGAAGCAGAUGAUUUCUUUUAUAAUGGUGAUAUAAGACACAUAACAAAACAAGGUCAAAGGAAAAUAUCAAUUCGCUCAGUUCAACACGCCUCGGUGUUUUCUUGCCUGUAGGUAUAAAGUUACCUUAAAGAGAUUGUCCAAACUCACGACAUUUGUUCGUUGGCAAGCCUUAGUUAUACAACUAAGACAAAAAUGAUAUUAGUUCAGCAUCGAACUUUUUAUGCAGGACUUCUGCUGAUUUUACAAUUGCUUAUUUUUAGAAGCGAUCGCUGAGGUGCACUCUGCGGAUGAAAAUUGCUCUAGUAUCGAAAACAAAAUUGUUAAAAAGGUAGAAUACCACGACAUGAUAUACGCAUUGAAAGAAAAGUGUUUCAUCGCUCGCGUGUCCGUGCCCAGCUCAAUUAACAAAUUUUUGUUAUUUAUCCGAGACAUUUCUUCAAGUUAGGAACCCCAUUUAGAGCUGUGAAUAGCCUUAAUUAUUGUGGCAGGUGAAACAUUGCCCGGUAACUCCUCCCUAGCUAGUUUAAUUACUUAAGUACGUGUAUAUAUGAAAAACACAGAAAGCGAUAUUACCGAAUAAGAUAAACCUGGAGGGAUGUAUGCAUUAAAAAGCUAAACAUACAGCUAGUUUUACAUGCGUUUUUCUAGCUGUCCCGAAUAGUAUUUUUAGCUAUUUGUGCUUUUCAAAUCGACAAUAUUGAAUUAGCGUUGAAGUGCGGUGCCGAUUUUAUUUGAUCUUUUUAUUACGCGAAAUUUAGUCACUUAUCUUGCCAUUGAUAAUCGACGCUUUUAGCUGACAGAAAAAUACUCAAUAUGUCAUUGAGAAGGUCUUCAAUAGUGUCUAUUCUUCAUUGUCGCAAGUUUAUGAAUCGCUUUAUUUCUUUUCACCAACUCGCGAGUAAUUUCCUGUAAGGUUAAGAAAAAUAAUAAAAUUCCCCCCAAAGCUCGCGGAAGACGACAGGAAUGAUGAAUUGUUAAAGCUUUUUAUUCUCGCCUUGAUAACUUUUAAUGAAAGAAUAAAGUGGAAAUGAAACAUUUUUCGAUUAGCAUACACAAGAUACAGGUGUUAUAGGUCUUUGUCGAUAUGGGUUAUCAACAAAAGAAUAUAACAAAAUUACGACCUCUGAGAGGAUAAUUUUUCACUCGUCAUAUUAAUUCUACGUGAAUUAGCUUUACUCUAAAGACUACAACAUUCAGCAACGGCGACUCACUGGACGAAAAAAAAAAUCGCCUUGAGGUAUCCUGAGCGAACGCAAAAGGAAAAAAAAAUGUAUGUCUUAUAAAAACCUCCUGAAAACAUAUUCCAAAACGGCAGUUCCGGAUUGAUCUCUGUUUUGGAUCAAUAUAAAAACUACUCAGCAAUUUUCACAUAUUCAGUCUUGUAUGACAAUUGUUUGUAUAUUUCGGAAAGAAUAAAAGGAAAUUAAACCACGCAGAAAUUAUGGCUUUUGUAAUCAGUGAGUUUGAGAAAUUAAUAAUUGAGAAGUGAUCGAGCAAAUAACAACUCCUUGAAGAUGACAAGGUGUAUCUUUGAUACUGUUCGGUUUCAAUGAUCAGUUUCAUUUGCGACAAAAAGAGUUAAUUAAAUUUCAAAUUGAUUCUUGCUGAACUUAGCUCGGUGAGUCUUAAUUUUUAUUUAGUGUAAUCAAGGGCAAAUAGUGACUUUUAUUUGUUUAAUAACCAACACGCACGAAGGAUUUAAGGCCAAAACAACAGCCAUUGAGUAUGAAAAACAAUAUAUCAGGAUUAAGUCAGUUUCGCCGCUUGCUUACAAUUCGCGAUUGAUUUCUUCAAAAAAAGAAGAGAAACCAUAAAGGGCCAAAAUUAUCGAUCAAAUUAUGUUCCCUUUAAUUGAAAACAAAUAUCCUAAGUUUCACAAAACCAGACCAAGAGUAGCAAAAUACGACGGAAAUUCCAAACAAUUAUUCAAGGCUGCUAAAAUGAUUGCAUUUCGGCGUGUUUUGUCAUCGUGAAAUAUAUCUACUUUUAAUCGCAGUGUAUUCGUUUAAGGCCAUCGUCACAUCAAACCUUAUGUACAUUUAUUUUGCUGACAAGAGCGAAUAAGGGCCCUUGAAGUUUCCGACAAUUGUAAGUAAGAAAGUCAAAUAAAACGACACCUUGUUCUUUCACCUUGUGAGGCAGUGGCGAUUUUCAGCACUAUAUCAAACCCUUGUUCCAGACUUUAUUUGACAUCUCCAGUCACUUUUUGAUCACAUAUACUGUUAAUCUGUCGACAAGAUCAUUUUGUUUUAGCAGACCCUUUUAAAAUAUCACCUUACAUAUUUUCUCAGUGUAUAACUUUCACGUUAUAACAAUCGUUAGUGAAGACGCAUUUUAUAAUGGCACCGAAAACACAUUACAAAAAAAUCCUUCAUAGAUAAAACUUUUUAAAAAUCAUGAGUAAAUUGAAACCAAAUAAAUUUUUGUGAAUAGAAAUCAUCUGCUAUUUCUGGACAUAACAAAGAUAUCUGAUGCAAAAACUCUGGGUGGAUUACGCGCUGUAAAAAAAUCUUUCCCAGCGUACUUGCUUUUUACAUUAAAGAUGAGUAAAGAGGGUUCCCUUCUAUAAAUAGUUAUUUUUGGCGAAUUAGAAAAAAAGAUGGCCCUUGAGGAAAAGAAAACACAAAACCAUGUAAUAAUUCAGAAGAUAUUUUAAUCGAUAUCUUUGCGGGGUAAAAACGAAACUUGGUGUUUCCGCGGCACCGUUUGGGGUUAUCAUGUUCCUUGUUUGCAAACGGUUAAGUUAGGAUUAAGCCCUCUCAAAAGAUCACAACUUCGAUAGAUGUGCUUCGAAUAUGUUGCUGUGAAGGUGACAAUCUCGGUGACGAAAAUCUCGCGAGAUACUGGAACGAACUCUUAAAAUAAAAUUAUCUUAGCCAAGAUUGUUUUAGAAUACUUUUUAAAUCAAAUUUCUAUCUUUUUUCGUCUCCUCGCAUAGAUUUUUUUUUCACUAGCAGCUAAUUUCAUGCAGAUGAUUCCUCUGUUUAUUUACCUUGGAAAAGACAUAAUAAAACCAUUUUAUCUCAGAAGUGUAUUGUAAACACACUGCUCUUAGCAAAAUGAAAAUCAAACAAGAAUUGAUAGCGCUGUUUAACAAAUGGUUACAAUCUUUCCCGCCAUUAAUUGUGCUAUUGAAAUUGCCUUCACGGUUUUCCAACUAAUUUCCGUCCGUCGCACCAUGACGUUGGAGCUUUUAGCUUGACUUUCAAAGCCUUAUCUGAUAUUGUGAGUAAAUAGGGAGACAUCUGUGAAUAAUUUGAAAUAGAUUUGGGCUCGCCUUAUAAAAUUUGUUUGCGUAAAUUUGACACCAGGGCUACAAUUCUCUACAAGUGGGCGAGCAUUGUCGAGUGCCGACCACUAACUUCACAAGAUUUAAAUUCCACAUUUUUCGUGCAACGAAAUAUCUCUGAGCCUUAAAAAACACACGCGCGAGCGCUAACCACUGAUAAUCAGUGUCGUUUCUUCCUGUUUAAGUUUACCGACCAAAGAGAAAGUUUUUAUACGGCCUAAUUACAAAGAACACCACCUUAAUGAGGUAAUUAUUAGAUAGGAUGCAGCAGAGUAAACCUUUUUGAUGCUAAUGCGUGAAUAAAUCGCCGAUAGCCCCAGGGAGAGCAGUUGUUAUAAGUGGUUAUAACUUAGGUGGGUGGUCUCCGUGUAUCUUGACUUAUUCAAACAACUUUUACCGACUGAAAACACAUCAUUCCUUCGCCACCUUCCACAGCGUAAACCCACUCAGCGUCUGACAGAUCAGUGCGUGCAACACAACAGUAGCGUCUGAAGGGGCUCAGCACUGCAAUGGCUUUUCAAGAGAAUUACAAACACGACGACGAGGAAACGAUAAAAGUACAGAGUUUUAAAACAACGAAAAGCGAUGACGAAGACGAAGAAGUCCUGGUUGAAAAAGAACCGGACGAAGAGGAAACAAAAAGAGAUCCUAGCAUAUGUCCACAAACCUCUACGAAUGAAACUAGAAGGCAAUCUUCCAUGUCAAAGCCGCCCUAUUCCUACAUCGCUCUCAUAACAAUGGCUAUUCUACAAUCACCCCAAAGAAAACUGACCCUCAGCGAAAUCUGCGACUUCAUCAAACGCCGUUUCCCUUACUACCGUGAAAAGUUCCCAUCAUGGCAAAACUCCAUCAGACACAACCUCUCUCUUAACGACUGUUUCAUGAAGAUGCCUCGCGAACCGGGAAAUCCAGGCAAAGGCAACUAUUGGACACUCGAUCCAGCAAGCGAGGGAAUGUUUGACAACGGCAGCUUUUUGAGACGAAGAAAACGAUUCAAGAGGCCGCGACCACCAGAGGGAACUGUUGGUACCUUUGGGUUUCAGUAUUACUGGAACUGUGUGGAUUCUCCAAGCUGGCGCCCUCCACUGUAUUCUCACUUCCCUAUUCCAAGGUAUCUGGCAUGUUUACCGCCUGCUCUGACUAGACCAAGCGAGCCUGCCGCUGUGCGAGACAGAGAACGGCCUGUAAAGUUCUCAAUCGCGAGUAUCAUUGGCUCGGACACCGAGGAAUAUCCAGCUCCAGCCAGCAAAGGGAGCCCGUCCUUGUCGUGCUGCUCGUCUGUGCGAUCUAGUUACGGCAGCAACAUCAAACCCUGCCUUGUAUCGCCGACAUCGUACUGUACCUACUGCAGUCAAUUGGCUGGAAAACGGUAAGAACUGUCAGUGACUACAUGAACAGUGUGAUGGUCAUUUCUGUUUGACCUAAGAAAGACAAUGUAGCAUUUGAAUAGAGUAAAGUUUCUUCUCAUUUGCAACUGUCCUUCCAUAGUAUCAUAACUUUUGCUAUCGUUUAGAAUCAGUGUAAGCAAAGAGCUUGUCGCUAAAUACAGAAGUAUCUCUAGAAUUGUAGGAAUAACAAACUCUGUCAAGAAUUAUCCUAAGUUUGGUCUGAUGUAUGAAUUUACCGAGAAUUUUUUUAACACCUAUUUGUCAGCCAGCGCGAUCAUGACUGUCGACGGUUUUCCGUAUGGGGUAAUAUUGCUGUAAAAUGAAUUUCACAUUUUCUAAGCACGAUUGUACAGUUAAAUCAAGAAUUUUCACAUGUGAUGGAUGGUGCGGACUGGCAAAGCGCUUUUUAAACCUGAACUAAAACUGCUACAGAACAAAAUCGCACUGACGAAUGACGUUAUCUUUUUCGUGGCCAAAAUGAAUAGCGUUUUGUUCAUUUAGGAGGCAGUUGCAAAAGUUUCUAUUUCUAGGAUUUAAUAUAGAUAAAUUGUAAUUUCAAGUCCAUCUUUCCAGUGUUUAGUGAAUUGUGUAAAUAAGAAAUGAUUGUGGAACAAUACAAUAAGUCCUUCAGGGAUGGUUAAAAAAGAAUAAAUGAAACAGUGACGAGAGUAAGUUUGAGCUUUUAUUUUUCCCUUAACGCCCAAGAAUCCCUUGGUAUAACACCUACCAAACCCAAAUUACCUUCUCAUUUCGAUGUAUUUGUUAUUUUUCCUCUGUGGCCAAGUUUUUGUAAUAAAAGCGUUUUGUAAUAUGAAAUGAAUCUUGCCGCUACAGAUGUUUGCCAAACCUUAAAUUUAGCCAUUUAUCAUUUGACGAACAUCAAAUGUAAACAAAAAAGUCAUUAGUCACUCAGCAUUAUCGCUAUCAGCUUUAAUAUGUAAGUAACCAAUUCAUGUUACAAUUGCUCAAAGCUACCGAAAAACAGAAUUGAAAGCUCACAAAGAAGCAAUUACAAACACUCAUUUACUCAUCAAUACACAACACGUUUGGUACUCGGCAUUUUGUAUUUGAAUAUUAAGGAAAAUUAAGAAAAGAAGAAUUACAAAUUGCUAAUUAAGUCUUCGAAAGAUUUGGGUUGGGGCAAGUCCAAAACAAACUCCUUUAGUGCCAAAGUUUGGCAAAGUUACGAUAAAUGUUUGGCGCUUAUCUUUGUAGACUCUCUCCCCGAUAUAAUCUCUUGGAAGUUCGAAGGCUGUUUUAAGCUCUGAUGAAUUGAGCAAAUUCUCUAAUCGAUCAAAACAUCAGGAAAAGAAAAUAUAUACAUUUUAGGAACUUGGGCAUUUUAAGAAAACGAGCAUCUCUGGAAUCACUGCAGGGGUAGAGGAAGAUCUACAAUUAACAUCUGCUUUUAAUUCUACAUUUUCACACGAAUUGCCUUUGUGUGGGCCCUGCGGUACUAAGAACAUCCAUAACCUAUAACAACAAAUAACUUUGAAUUCAUAGUUUUUCUCUUUUGAGAAGACAUACAAAGAAAACGUUUGAGUAUUGCAUUGUUCUGUGUUAUUAUUUCAGAUGUUUUAAUUGUUAAGACGGAGUGUUUACCUUUUGAAGUUGUUUUUGAAUAGACGCCGUUCGUUUUGGUUACAAAAACAGUUCCACGAAAUAAAAGCGAUCAAAAGAUCGAUUGCAUAAAUAUUACACGCAGAGAUAGAUUGUUAUGACACACGAACAAACGACUUCUUCACCGUCAUCACUCCCUUCCUUGUUUAGUUACCUUCACGGAAAAUUCCAAUCCAAUAAAAUAAAAUGCUUUAAAAUGAGCUCCUUACUUGCCCGUAAGUUAUUAUUGUAACAAAAACAACACUUUUCUGCAUAGUAACCUCGAAACCCCUCACAUGAAUUAAUAUGUUCACUUCGAAGAUAUGACUUUGUCAAAGAAUUCUAUAUAUCUAACUCUAAGGGGUGCUUCUCUCUACUAAUGGAAAUUUGUCUUUGGUAGACUACAUCAAAUGCCUUGUUCUAUAGAACAAAGAUCAUUCCUAAAUAUAUGGGUUAUUUCAGGGAGUUCAAGAUAGAAAGUUUGUAGGUUUUACAGAUGUUUUGUUCAAUAUGCAACACAAAAAUAUCUCGAAUAAAAAUCUCAAGCUAUAUAUAGGUCAUAUAUAGUGAUACCUUCACCUCGUGCAAAAUACGCAUUCUUUCCAGCGGUGUCAAUGAUUUGAAACUACCAGCCAAAUAUCAAAGUUUAGAAAAGAAGCUUGAGCUUUGGUUCCGUUCGACGAAACCACAUUAUAAUCUCAAAACUUUGUUAUACGAAUUAAGACAAACUUCUCUUUGUUAGAUGUUUAAAUCUACCUUACAACUACCUACCCAUGUUCUACUGUACACUUUUCCGUGUUAUUCACAGAUUCGAUCUCAACAUUUCCAAAACCCAGUCUAUUUGAAAUUGAACUGAACUAUCAAUUCUUGUUUAUUGCAAUACAUUUCUUUUGAAGUCAGUUUUGAGAAUUAAGAAAUACGUCAAGUCAAUCUCUUAAUUGAUGAUUCGUUUAUUCUCAUCACUCGUCUGCUUGAUAACGUAUUCAAAUUGUAAGGAGAAAUCAUGACGAGAUGUGACCGGUGUAGCCGAAAAACUCAUUACCAACUCUCAGAAUUACUCCAAAUAAAAUUUCGAAUAUUGUCUCACACUAUCACCGACAGUUACAA